AAGAAAAAGAAAAAGAAAAAAAAAAUCUCUCAAUUCCCCUCCAAAUAUUCCUCGGAACAGUAGCCCCUUUAGUUUUCUCGAAUCCUAGCCAUUCCACCAUUAUAUCCUCUGCAACUGCCUUUUCAUUCUCCGUAACAAAGAUAAAGAAAAAAAAAAAAAAAAUCUCUACCCUCUUCUCUAUCUCUCUGAAGAAAUGUCUCUGAUCCCUCUGCAUUCUUGAAUUGAAUACACAACUUCCCAUUUUGCACUAACUUUUCAUUUAAACCAUCAUCCCCAGAAAACCUCUGUUACUUUCUCCUUUCUUGCACUUUUUUUUUUAAUCUGAUCAGUACCCUCUGCAAAUCCUUCACCUCUGUUUUUAUAUAUAUAUAUAUAUAUAUAUAUAUAUUUUUUUUUUUUUCCUGUCUCUGAUCUAGUAUAUCUAUUAACCCUAGAGGAAUCCUACUGAAAAAUGCCUAUUCUUUCUCUUUACUUUACCCUCUUCUAUCUCUUUCUUUUCUCUUCUCUCUCUCAACGCCCAUGCAAAUCAUAAGGCACUCAUUAUAUAAUCAUAUAAUCACAACUCCGUUGCUUUUCAUCUAUUCCUCCUCCCAGAAAUAGCUUUCGUUUCGAAGUUGUUGCCUAGCCCAUUUCUUGCUUUUCUAUUAUACUUUCUUUAUUCGUCUUAUUUAAUCCUCUUUCUUUCCUUUUUAACUUUCUCAUUAUUCUUUCUCCCUUGCGAGUCUGACUAAAUUAGAUCUCCAUCAUCCUCAUGUUCUCAAGCUCAAACCCGAUAAUGAGAAAUACAUCACCUUUGCCUGAUCUUUCCUUGCAGAUCAGCCCACCAUCGGCCUCCGAUUGUGAAGCAAUUAAAAAGUUGGACUAUGAAGGAGGAUUAACAAGGAAAGCCUUUUACAGCAAUAGAACCUCAACUACGGAUUCCGGCAGCAGUGGAAGCGAUUUGAGCCAUGAAAAUGGCUUCUUUAAUCAAGAAAGCAGUUAUAAUCUUGGUCCUAGUGAGCCUACUUUGAGCUUAGGUUUUGAAAUGGCAGAUUUGUGUACUCCAACACUGCAACUGCCAAGAAAUCUUAAUCACCAUAAUCAUCACCACCAACAACCUCAAAUCUAUGGCCGAGAGUUCAAGAGAAAUGGAAGAAUGAUUAGUGGGGUGAAAAGAAGCGUCAGAGCUCCUAGAAUGAGAUGGACCACAACUCUCCAUGCCCAUUUUGUUCAUGCGGUCCAGCUUCUGGGUGGCCAUGAAAGAGCAACACCCAAAUCAGUUUUGGAGUUGAUGAAUGUGAAGGAUCUAACCCUAGCUCACGUGAAGAGUCACUUGCAGAUGUAUAGAACAGUGAAGGGCACUGACAAAGGAUCAGGUCAAGGCCAGAUAGAUAUGGGUUUGAAGCAAAGGGCAGGAAUCGUUGAUGUGGAUGCAGGAUUAUCUUCUGGAAAAGCUGAAACCAACCCUUGUUGUUCUUACAACCCACCACCAACAUCACCACUACCAACCAUACAAAAAACCCAAAUAAGAGGUUCGGGCUCUUGGUCAUCAUCAAUGGAGACAAGGGACCAAAAUAGAUCAAACAACGAGGCUUCAACAUAUUCUCAUUUCAAUGCACAUGAUGCCAAGGAGGAAGGACCCAUGGCAACCCUCCAUAUGUCUGAAAGAGUGAAGGAGAGGUUGGACUCUAGCUCCUUGUCAUCUUCAGACAUGUUGAUUAAUCUAGAGUUCACUCUUGGAAGACCAAGUUGGCAAAUGGACUAUGCUGAACCAUCAAAUGAGCUGACCCUUCUCAAGUGUUAAAUCUAAUUUUUAUUUUUUAUUUUUUUAAACGUGCAUGGACGAAGUAUCUAAUAUUUUUCAUGCAUCUGUUCCAUGUUCUUGGAA